GAGCGGGGAAGCGUAAUAAGAAUAGUAAAGCUUUAAUUUGAGGCUAAGGCUAACUGCCGAGAAUGAGAAACUAUGUAAGAAGAUAAAAAAGAUGAAGAAACAGAAUAUAGCACUUGAAAGGGAACUGAAUGAGAUGAAGGAGACACUGAGAUUGCAGGAAAUGAUGAAGCAAUAUGUAACAACUAGAGAUGCCCAGAUGCAAACUGAUCCUCCAAAAUCUCUGUAUUCUGGGAUCUACACGCAACCCAAGAAACCUGCUGUGACUGUCACCAGUGAAGCAGAGAAGACUAACAAACUUCUCACGAUGCAUAAUGGCUUGAUGAAGAGAUACGAGAAAGAAAUGAAAACAAACAUAAGGCACGUGGAAACAAUAACAUCUCUAAAUAUUAAAGUGACAGAACUGGAACAAAAACUGAAGCAAGCAGAAGACAAAAUCCACAGACUUGAAAGAGAUAAAGGCAGUUCUUCCAGGCUUUCCCGCAGGUCAAGGUCACGAUCUGGAUCUCCAAAACAAUCUGCAACUUCCUUGCAAAGAGAAUUAACCAGAGUGAAGAGGGAGAGAGACAAACUACUCAAAAUCAAACAGAAGCUAACAGAAGAGCUGAAAGGAUUAGAUCAUAGCUUCUUUGAAGAAAUCGAGGAUCUCAAAUACACCCUGCAGGAGUCCACAAAACUGAACAAGCAAUACGAGAAGUCUUUGAGGACUUUGUGCAGUAGAUUUGGAGUGCCAUACCCUCAUCCAGAAAAACGGUGCAAAACUCAGACGUGAAACACUGGCCCUGUAUACAUUAAGGCUGUUUACAGUUGGUCUGAAUUUGAUACCUGGUUCAAAAUUUGCCCACCCUGAAUUUCACAGAUAAAUGGAAACAAACUUAUUAUAUCAUCAGCAUGGCUCUCUUCCACCAACACCCAAGUUUCAGUUUAUUCAAAACUAGCCUCAGUCUAUUAUCAGAAUGCCUCGGAUCCUUUUGAGUAACUAAAAGCAUACUGAUAAUUAAGAUUCAACUCUUUGUCAGAUUGCUCAAAAUUACUCACCCUGUGCAAUUCACAUGUUAAUUGAUUUUUGCUAAGCAAAAAGGGAGUGAGUGAAAGAAAUAGUGCGGGUGGUAGUGAGGAAGAGAAGGAGGGAGUGAGGGAAGGAAUAAGAAUGGCAUCAGGUAUUAGAUAUACUUCAGAGAUUUCGCCUAUCACCUUAAUUUUGUGGAUAACAAUUGAAACCACAGCACGCAAAGGGAAUGUUUCCAAUAUCUGAGGAACAGUUUUAGAUUGGAUGUUUUGAGGGCCAUAAUAUGAUUACAAGUGGAAUAUUCAUGACUGCAGGUGUUUCAAACUUAAGGUCUAUGUUUUAACAGGACUGUGUACAAGUGUGCAACUUGAAGGAAAAAGAUGAUCCCACUGUGAACAAAUUCAUAAAGAUUCGUGUCAUUUUAAUAUUAAAAUUGUUCUAGGUUUUUGGUUAUUUUAAUGAAAAUACAUCUUAAAUCAUACUUUAAAAGUCUUUCAUUUAAUCUCAAGUUUAUUUGUAAACAUCAAGAAAAAAAAACAUUACAUUAAUUGCACUGAAGCAUUACAGUAUAUACAUUUGCUAAAUACAAUACAUAAGUUAACCUAUUUACAAACUUAAUAAAAAGAGUGUUGAACUCAUCUCCAACCUCUUCUUUAUAUCCUUACAUAUGAAAAGUAU